UGACAGUUGACAUUGACACCAUCAGGACACUGAUCUUGUGAUUAGUUUAUCUACUUUGAUUGGUUUUGUUUGUUAUCUAUAACAUAGAAUUCUAAAAUCUUAUAAUACCUAUUGCUUAGGAUAUUUAAAAUCCAAACACUAUGACACAUGAAAAUCAAGAAAGUUGUAAAAUGCCCACUUUGGAGGAGGUUUGUGAGUUGUUGGACAAAUUGACUCUGAAGCAGUUACAUUUAAUGGAAGAGAAAAUGAGAAGUGAAAUUAAUAUUGAAUCAAGUAUUAACAAUGGCAGUAUUAAUUUGGCGAAAUCUCGAUAUAUAAUGGGCCAAAGUUCAGUUAGCACUGCACGGCUGCCUGUUGACAGUAGUCCAGAGUUUGCAGCUUCAACCAAAUGUGAAACUAAGGAAGAAGAUGGUAUCAAACAGUUAAAAGUUGUAGAAAAUGAUAAAAACACAGUAAACCCACUGCAUUGGUUUGGAGUCCUUGUACCUCAAAAUUUGCAUAAAGCACAAAGUAUUUUUCAAAAUACUAUAAAUUUUGUUGUUGAAUGCGUCAAUGUGCAGUUACAAUUGUAUGAAAAUUUAAAAACUGCAGAGGAAUUGAAGAAAUAUAAGUCAUUAUUGGAAUCCUCAUAAACUGCUCCAUGGGCACCUUAAAUGUGAUUGACACAAAUAUUUAAAAUAAAUAUAUUAAAUACUGAUAUACAUAAACUUUCAAGAUCUGCGUCAACCAGAAUAAGUUUGUUUUAAUGCGCUGGCCUGGAUUUUAACUGGGCACCUUUACUGUUACAGGCAAAAACUUGACCUGAGUUCAGUUAGGAAAAUUAUUGUCUACAAAAAUUUGGGAAUACUUCAACAUUUCUGUACUUAAGAAAUUCAAUUUUAUUAGAAUUAUUGCUUGUCAUUUUUCACAUUCAAACAAUGUACAUAAAAAAGUACCUGCAAUAUUAAAAACAGGGUUGUUAAAUAUAUAAUGAAAAGUAUAUCACCACCUUUUAUUACAAAGUAGUACAGAAUAUGGUUAGACUUUUUAUUAAUCUAUACUAAUAUAAUAAAGCUGAAGUGUUUGUUUGUUUGUUUGAA